AUGCCGCUCCUUGUUGUCACGCGGGGCAUCUUUUACGGCCUUCCUUCGGAUGUGGAGGUCGAGUGCGUGGAGAUUGACUAUCCUACCAUUCCUGGUCUUACGUUUAUUCGGGUUCAUGCGAUAGUGAUGUACGAUGACUUGCACCACACGAACUCGCUCGAUGAUUCGGUCUCAUCCAGAAGAAGUGCGUCCAGUCCUGGCGUUUUGCCGAGUAAACCGGAGUCGAUGACGAGACAGUGGGGUUCAAGAGAGCUUUGGCAGAUCACUGACAUUGGUGAUAUUUCAAGCCAACGUGAAGCAAACAAGGCUAAUCUAGGAAGGCCUCAUGCAGUAACAGCUCAUGAGAGAGAAUUUAGGACUUUCGGUACGAAAAGUUUUGAUCCCAAAUUUCUCAAAAUGUUGCAGUUGAUCGCGGAGGUCUUUGGGACGUACUUCUUGAUAUUCGCCGGUUGCGGGUCGGUGGCGGUGAACUUGGACAACGAAAAGGUGGUGACGCUUCCAGGGAUAUCGAUGGUGUGGGGUUUGGCGGUGAUGGUGUUGGUGUACUCGGUCGGGCACAUCUCCGGCGCCCAUUUCAACCCGGCCGUCACCGUUGCUUUCGCCACCUGCAGGAGGUUUCCAUGGAAUCAGGUGCUUCCCUAUAUAACGGCGCAAGUUAUUGGAUCGACAUUGGCGUGCGGGACGCUGCGGUUGCUCUUCACCGGAAAGCUCAAUCAUUUCGUGGGGACACAACCGGCCGGUUCGGAUGUGCAAGCGCUCGUCUUUGAGUUCAUCAUCACUUUUUACCUCAUGUUCAUCGUCUCCGGCGUUGGCACCGACAAUAGAGCAAGAGGAGAAUUCGCCGGUCUUGUUGUUGGUGCAACCGUCUUGCUCAACGUGUUGUUUGCAGGGCCAAUAACGGGAGCAUCAAUGAACCCGGCAAGGAGCUUGGGUCCGGCGAUAGUGUCUCACCAUUACGCCAAGCUGUGGAUCUACAUAGUGGCACCAAUAGUCGGGGCAAUUUCCGGGGCAUGGGUCUACAACCUGAUGCGGUUCACCGACAAGCCCAUCCGAGAAAUCACCGGGUCGUCAAGCACAUUGGAAAGCAUAUAUGGCAACGAUCUUUCAAAGUAUACUGGUCACACGGAUUAUUCACCGGUAUGA